CGCGCCGGCGGGGGCUGCGCAGGAGGAGCGCUCCGCCCGGCUACAACGCUCCGCGGGCCGGCGCGGCGACACCUGUUCGCGGCAGCCAGGGCGGCACGCGAGCUCCCGGACGCCGCUCUGCUCGCUCGCCGCUCGCCACCCGCCCCGAGCCCAUGGACAGCUGCCGAGCCUCCGGAGAAGCCUGGAUACUAGCUUUGGACGCCUAAACUUUCUUCUUUUUGUUUUAUUAUUAUUAUUUUUAUUUUUUGGAGGGGGGACCGGGAGGGGAGAUUUGUCGUCGCCGCCGCCAACGUGAGAUUUUUUUUUCCCCUUGAAGGAUUCAUGCUGAUGUCUGCAGAGUCGGUUAGAGAGUAAAAACAGCGCAUGCCUUCCUGGAGUCAGGAUCCGUAAAUUCUGACGUAGCCCGUGCAUCUUAAAAACCCCUAUAAUAACGCCUAGGCAUUUAAGUUGCUAUGGUCAUUCUGAUCUCGAACCAAAUGGAGAAACUACGGAUCUUUUUUCCUUAUUACGGUCGGAUGGGAUGAAGACCUUCCUGCCUGCUAAGAGCUGGGGAUCUAUCUAUAGAGAUACAUAGAUAUGUUUAUCAAUAUGUCAGUGUGUGAGUAUAAAGUGGUGGUUUCUUAGACUAUCAGUGGUUUGACCUUGAACCUGUGCCAGUGAAACAGCAGAUUACUUUUAUUUAUGCAUUUAAUGGAUUGAAGAAAAGAACCUUUUUUUUUUCUCUCUCUCUCUCUGCAACUGCAGUAAGGGAGGGGAGUUGGAUAUACCUCGCCUAAUAUCUCCUGGGUUGGCACCAUCAUUAUUGUUUAUUCUUGUGCUCCAAAAGCCGAGUCCUCUGAUGGCUCCCUUAGGUGAAGUUGGGAACUAUUUCGGUGUGCAGGAUGCGGUACCGUUUGGGAAUGUGCCCGUGUUGCCGGUGGACAGCCCGGUUUUGUUAAGUGACCACCUGGGUCAGUCCGAAGCAGGGGGGCUCCCCAGGGGACCCGCAGUCACGGACCUGGAUCAUUUAAAGGGGAUUCUCAGGCGAAGGCAGCUAUACUGCAGGACUGGAUUUCACUUAGAAAUCUUCCCCAAUGGUACUAUCCAGGGAACCAGGAAAGACCACAGCCGAUUUGGCAUUCUGGAAUUUAUCAGUAUAGCAGUGGGCCUGGUCAGCAUUCGAGGCGUGGACAGUGGACUCUACCUCGGGAUGAACGAGAAGGGGGAGCUGUACGGAUCAGAAAAACUAACCCAAGAGUGUGUAUUCAGAGAACAGUUUGAAGAAAACUGGUAUAACACGUACUCGUCGAACCUGUACAAGCACGUGGACACUGGCAGGCGGUACUAUGUCGCGUUAAAUAAGGACGGGACUCCGAGAGAGGGGACCAGGACUAAACGGCACCAGAAAUUCACACAUUUUUUACCUAGACCGGUGGACCCCGACAAAGUACCUGAACUAUAUAAGGAUAUUCUAAGCCAAAGUUGACAAAAGACAAAAUUUCUUCACUUGAGCCCUUAAAAAAAAAAAAAAAAGUAACCACUAUAAAGGUUUCACGCGGCGGGUUCUUAUUGAUUAGCUGUGUCAUCACAUCAGCUCCACUGUUGCCAAACUUUGUCGCAUGCAUAAUGUACGAUGGAGGCUUGGAUGGGAACAUGCUGACUUUGUUCUGCACUUAACUGGCUCGUCCUCCCGGAGGGCAGAGGGCCCCUCGCCCGCCUAUCGCGAGAGGAGAGGGGCGAGAGUCCGCGCGCGAGGGGCGGGGCGUGGCGUGUGUUCCGGGGGAGCGGGGAGCAGGGGGAGCCGGGAGAUGCUCGAGGACCAGGACGGCGGCCCGAUGCAUGCUGGGAAAUAGACACGCUUUUCCAUUUUUGAUCAGUUGUCACUUCAUCCCGUGUCAGCGCGGCCGCCCCCCUUGGACUCCUCGGGGUUCUGGCUGGCGGCCUGCGCGAGGGUACAUUGCUGCAUUUUUCAAAGGCAUGGAGGGUGCAGUCUUACUUAAAAGACUUUUUCAGUUAAUUCUCACUGGUAUCAUCCCAGUGACCUUAAAGCAAAGACCUCUUAGUAAAAAAAAAGGAAAAAAAAAAAAAAAAGAAAAAAAAAAGAAAGAAAGAAAAAAAAUGUUAAAUUUAUUUAUAGAAAUUCCAAAGGCAACAUUUUAUUUAUUUUAUAUAUUUAUUUAUUAUAUAGAGUUUAUUUUUAAUGAAAUAUGUACAGGCCAGAUAGGCAUUUUGGAAGCUUUAGGCUCUGUUAAGCAUUAAAAUGGCAAAGUCCGCUAUGAACCUGUGGUAAAUUCAUGCAAGUAGGUAUAAUGGUGCAUGGAUAUGAGAAAUUCUAAUGACCCCAAUGUACUAAAGGCGACAAUCUAUUUUGUGCCCGUAUUAUUGUAAACUUAUGCACAUCGCUCAUGACACUGAGUAUUCACUCUUCAGACUGCUUGUUUCAUAGCUUAUCCCAGAGGAUUAAAGAUAAACUGGGUCUCAAACUUUUAUCCUGUGUCUGUAAUAUUUCCUCUCUCAUAAGUGACUCCAUCACUGUAGUUUCACGGUUGGAAAGUAUGAGGGUUGGUAUAUGUCUUACUUGUUUAAAUCUAUUGCAGAACAUACCAAAGCUAAACAAUAACUAUGCUUUUAGCCAAUCUCCAGAACAACAGGACUCAUAUCAAAAAUUGUACUGACUUAAAAUUCUUUAAAAAAAGGCAAAAAAAAAAAAAAAGCUUACAUAGCACAGACUAUUUUUUUAAGAGACAAAAAUAAGAUUAACAGGAUCAUACUUGUAAACUUUUUGUUUGUGCACUUGGCUAUCAAAUAUGAAAUUAUACAAGGACCAUAGGGGUCAUUGUAACAUCUUUUAGAGAAAAUGGCUUUCAGUGUGAAUUGUCAUAAUUACGUGGUAAUAGCACCCUUCAAGAAAACUUGCAAAGUGAAACUAAUAAAUAUUUAUCAAUAAUGACAAUGAGGGGGAAAGUAUAAUAUUUGUUGACUGUGUUUUGUUUUUUAAAAUGGUCUUCACAAACGCUCAAUUUUUUUAGAGGGGAGGUUACUAUAUAGAAUAUCUUUUACAAGGCUUUUAUAACAUUUUAUGCUGAAAAGCAUAAGAAUACAUAUUUCUUGAGUAGCAAUAAUUUUGGAACUUGCCCUUGGGCAAGGGAGACUAUUUCUUACUAUAUAAUAAGGAAAAAAGAGCCAAAUUCUUAAAGCAAUAUUUGAGAAAAAGGAAUUUAUAACAAAUUCUUGUCUACAUACAACACUUUCUAGCCAGUUAUGUUGGGAAAUUGAAAGUGACAGUUAAAAAAUGUGCUGGGAUUUAUGUAACUAAUUUUAAAAUUUAAUAUUCCAAUGUUGUUUUACUCUGAUGCACAUUCUCUAUAAAAAAUAAAAGUUUGUCACUGGUGAGUUAAAUCUGUUACGAGCUAGAAGUGCAUGACUUAUUGUGGUGACAAUAUAUUGCCUUUCUAUGGUCCAAGUUGGAGAAUGUGGCACUGCCCUCCUGCUGAUGUGCAUUAAGGAAAAACUAGUCUAAUAUUUGGAAGUGAGAAAUAUUCUUGGGGGAGGGGACAGAAGCAAUGUAAAAUAGUUGAUUUCUGAUAAAAGAUUGCCCUCAUUUCAUUUACUUUCUUUUCCUUUUUCCCUUUUUCUUUUCUUUUUUAACUUUCUAAACAGAAACUGCAUUUAAUUCCAAGAAGUAGUAUUCUUAUUUAUUAUUUAACCCUUUGCUGCUGCUAAAAUGUGCACAUAUUCAGGCUUUAGUUUUUCCAAAAGGCAUUUAAUUAUUAUUAUUAUUUUUUGGUCUAAAAAACAUUAAACAUCUGACCACAGGGAAGACGAAUCAGGUUUCUAGGAUGUCAUAGGUGUAAUAUUUAGCACUGAAGAAACUGAUUUUAGAAGACAGCCAAAAGUAAUCUUAAAGUAGCACAAUUCCCUAGAUUAUCAGCUUAAAAGAAAAACAUAUUUGUGAAAAAGACUAAAAUCUCCAUGCAUUCCUAGAAAAUGCUACUUUAAUGUCUACUUUUGGAGUUGUUUUGGUACCUUUUUAUCUUUAAAGAAAAGCAAAAUGUUAUAUGCUUUUGGCAAUUGAUACAAUAAACUGUAAUGGUCUGUAAAUAAAUAAAUACUGACUUAUGCAAUUUAUGUGAAUAGGCGUUCUGGAAGAGUAGAUGGCUCAGGGUUUCGCGUGGGCAUUGUCUGUUGGGCAGUAGCGCCAGCGAGUCAUCCCCAGCUUGUGGGUUUGCCUUGGUUCUUGUCCUGAGAGACCCAAAGCCUGCUGGAUGGCAGCCCUGAGCCCCUGCAGAGUGGGUGGCCCCAGUUUCACAAACAGUUGCUCAUGUAGCUAAACCACUAUCUUUUUGGUGCCAACACUUGCACAUGGUCAAAGACUUACCGAGUACGGACUGAACCACCUCUCCUUCUGUCACAUGAAUGUCCCCCAGCAGUGCUGAAGAACAUGCCAAGUCAGUCUUGGGGAACCUACCUUGCCAGGUCCUGUUUUGUAGAUAAAUGGGUGGCUUCCGUAUGGUGUUUUCAUUCUAUCUCAUCUCAUUAACACUACAACAUUGUGUUACUUACUUGAUAAUCUGUAAUUGUAUGUAAAUACAUACAGAAUUAUGUAAUUUGUGUAAAUACAUAAUUACAGACUUUUGAAAACUG